CUGGCGGUGGCUGCGGCAGCGGCGGCAUUUUAGUCGACAGCGGCGGCGGCAGCGGGGCCGCUGCUCCUCCCAGCAUCCCUGGCGCGGCCAUUUCAGCCCCAUCUUGGCCGAGGGGAGGGAGCUGCAGCCGCCGCUUCAGCAGUUUGAAUUUCAGUUUCUCCAGGGUCUGCGAACCGGGCGCACCGAGGAGGAGCCGAAAAAGCUACCACCGCUACCUCACACAGCCGGAGCGCUUCCGCUCGCCGGCCAGCCAGGCGGCUGCCGCCACCACCGCCGCCGCCGCCGCCGCCGCCCCUCACUCUUCUCAGGAGCCGCGAGGGGAGGCCGAGACCGCCGCCGCCGCCCGCGGGGAGGCUCCCCCUGUAAGGGGAGGACCGAGCCGGCUUUCCCCUCCCCCGGAGCGGGUUUCCGCCAGAGACAGUCGACAUGUCCCUGGGGCUGAGCUCCGGCUAAAGCCGGGGAGGGGGCCGCCCGCCCGCGCCGAAGCUCCGCCGCCCGCCCGCGGGACCUUCAGCCAGCCCCAGCCCGCGGCUCCUGGCUGAAUCAGGAAUCCCCGGCGCCAGACUCGCCACUCCUUCCCCUUCUUCCCUCAGCGUCCGAGAGCCCAGAGCUGACGCCGGCACUGGCCUGAGGAGCCCGAGCGGGGCAGCACCGCCCCUCACGCCGCCGCCGCCGCCACCUCCUCCUCCUCCCCUUCGCCCUCCCACUCCCACCCCCAGCCAAGGCCUGCUGACCGCGCCGAGCGCCGAGCUAGACUGACCACGGCGGCCCCGGAGACGGGAGGAGGAAGCAGGCGGCCCGCCCCUGGGAUCGCGCUCGCGCCGCCGCUGAGGGGAUUGAAUUGAGGCGCCGCGGCUGCGGGAGGCGAAAAGGAAGGAGGAGCCGCCGCGCGAGUGCGACGGGGGCAGAGCCGUAGAGAUCGACCCAGAAGGAAACGGGGAGGAGGAUGUCUCACAGAGCGGCCAGCGUCCGGAUCAGCCAGUGACUCUUAACAGCGGCGGGCCUCAGACCCCAGCGCGGACUCGGACUUUGUCUUUGGGGGCCCCUGCUCUGCCUUUCCUGGUUUCCGGCAAGAUCGCAGAGGAGCCGGCGUGCCUCUCUGCCCUCCAGCCUUCCUCACCAUGUCCAAGAUGCCGGCCAAGAAGAAGAGCUGCUUCCAGAUCACUAGUGUCACCACGGCUCAGGUGGCCACUAGCAUCACCGAGGACACUGAGAGCCUGGACGACCCGGACGAGUCACGUACAGAGGACGUCUCCUCCGAAAUAUUCGACGUUUCUCGGGCCACGGAUUAUGGCCCUGAGGAGGUCUGCGAGCGCAGCUCCUCCGAAGAGACACUCAACAAUGUUGGGGAUGCAGAGACUCCCGGGACCGUCUCUCCAAACCUCGUCCUGGACGGGCAGCUGGCGGCCGCGGCGGCUGCUCCCGCCAACGGAGGAGGAGCCCUUUCGGCCCGGAGCGUGGCUGGGGCGCUGGCCAGUACCCUGGCGGCGGCCGCCACCUCGGCCCCCUCUUCGGGGGCACCCGGCGCCCCCCCGGUCACGGGCUCGUCUGCCGGGCCAGGGACCGCAGCCCCAUCACAGCCCCCCACCACUUGUAGUUCCCGUUUUCGCGUGAUCAAGCUGGACCACGGGAGCGGGGAGCCCUACCGCCGCGGCCGAUGGACGUGUAUGGAAUACUAUGAGCGGGAUUCAGACAGCAGCGUCCUGACCAGGUCUGGGGAUUGCAUUAGGCACAGCAAUACUUUUGACCAGACUGCGGAGCGGGACAGCGGCCUGGGCGCCACCGGAGGGUCGGUGGUGGUGGUGGUGGCCUCCAUGCAGGGGGCGCACGGGCCCGACUCGGGAACUGACAGUUCCUUGACUGCUGUGUCACAGCUACCCCCGUCGGAGAAAAUGAGCCAGCCCGCCCCGGCCCAGCCGCAGAGUUUUGGCGUUGGGCAGCCACAGCCACCGCCGCCCGUAGGUGGGGCUGUGGUUCAAAGCGCGGCUCCAGUGCCGCCGUUCCCGGGAGCCGCGGCCGGGCCUCAGCAAAUGAUGGCAGCCCCGCAGCCAAGCCAGCCCCAGGGAACCGGCCCCGGCGUCCUCCCGCAGGGGCCCAAUGGACAGGGGCUGCCGCUGACGAAUGUAACCCUGACGCAGCCCGGCGUGCCCCUGCCGCAGCAGCCGGGCCCCGCCGUCGGCGCUCCUACGACGCAGCCGCCCCAGCCGUUCGCGUACCCUCAGCUACCGCCUGGGCAUUUGCUGCCAGUCCAGCCCGCGGGUCAGAGUGAGUACCUACAGCAGCACGUGGCCGGCCUGCAGCCGCCAAGCCCCGCGCAGCCCUCGUCCACCGGCGCCGGAGCGAGCCUCGCCACGGCUGCCAGCCUUCCAGUGGGCACCGGCCCGAAUGCCGCCUCGGUGGGUGCGCAGAUAAUGGGCGUGUCUUCCUUGCCCAGUGAAGCCGUGGCUCCGGGGCCGGGACCCGCGCCAGGCGGACAGGCCGCGCCUGGUCAGCCGGCCGGAGUGCCCUUGGCUGCUGUGGGAUGCGCCGUGCCGCCGGGCCUGGUCCCCCCUGGGACCGGGCAGCCCCAGUCCGUGCCUCCGCCGCAGAUGGGUGGCAGUGGUGCGCCGUCAGCCGUGCCUGGCGGCCCCCACGCCGUGCUGCCCGGAGUUCCAAACGUGCCUGCAGCCGUGCCCGCUCCAAGCGUGCCUAGUGUGUCUACCACCUCUGUUACGAUGCCAAAUGUACCCGCGCCUCUGGUCCAGUCGCAGCAGCUGAGCAGCCAUACGCCAGUCAGCAGGAGCAGCAGCAUAAUCCAGCAUGUUGGGCUGCCCUUAGCGCAAGGCACACCCAGUGCACCAACAAGUCUACCACAGUCUGACCUAAGCCAGUUUCAGACUCAGACCCAACCUUUAGUCGGGCAUGUUGACGAUACUAGAAGAAAAUCAGAACCCCUACCUCAACCACCACUUUCUCUCAUUGCUGAAAAUAAGCCUGUUGUGAAGCCUCCUGUUGCAGAUGCCCUGGCAAACCCCCUUCAGUUAACACCUAUGAACAGUCUCGCCACCUCUGUAUUCAGCAUAGCUAUUCCUGUUGAUGGUGAUGAAGACAGGUGACUUGCUUGUUGGGAGUCUUUCUUCCAUUUGAGAACUCUUAGAGAAUACCACGUGUCCAUAAGUGAGCUCAGCUAGCUAGUCAUUGAGAAAUUUUAUAUGGAUGGGACUACCAAGUAAAGAAACUGAUUCCACAAGCCAUUCAGAAAAAUCCCUCUUUACAUCUCCCAUAUUUCACUUUUCACACAUGGGGCACACCUGAAAUGCAGAUUGUUUGUUUAUUCAUCUUUUGUAAGAGGCAACAGGUAUCUUCCCUUUUCUAGCUGCCAGAAGCCAAUUUUUUCUGAUGGGUUGGUAAAUAACCAUUUGCUUGCCUCUCUGUUCCUGUUGUAUAUUGCCUCCAUAUUUCAAGAAAUGAUGAGUGGUUCCCCAAACCACACCCACCUCCUUGUAAAACACAUGCACAUCUAUGAAUGAAGAAUGUAUUUUUCUCUCCUCUUCACAGCUCUUUCAGUUUACAAAAUAGGCAGUUACAUUCCCCAGAACUUAAAUAUAAUGAUGUGGCAUGGAGCAGACAGAUCCAUUGACAAAUGGAAACUCUGGGAUGUAUUCUUUAGGGUACGACCUCAAAGAUAAAAUUAUUUAUCCUCUUUAUUAAAAGGUUAAUAAUUUUAAGAAUUUAUUUCGGAAGGUUAAUGAGCUACAGAUACUACCGCAUCUGUUCUUAUCAGUUGGCAAUAGUUAAUCCAGUACAGGGGUUUUGAUGUGUGUGCAGUCCUAUAUUAAAUAUGGUCCUUCCCUCCCCCACCCAGUCUUCUAAAAUCUGCAUUACUUACCAGUGUGCAUUUCUAAUUUUUGUUAUAGUCUUUCAUUGGUUUUUAAUUUAACAUGCUAGUUUUCAAGAUGUAAUCUUACACAUUUGACUAUUUUGUCACUGGACCAACAUACCUGGUGAAGGAAUAAAUCCAUUAAGUAGAAAUAGUGUUUUGUUUUGUUUUUGUUUUUAAUGGAAAGCCUUUGUGAAAGAGGGCAUUUUAAAUUGUAUGCUUGAAAUUAAAUAACACAGUUUUUCUAGGCAUAUGUUUAAAUUACUAAGAUGACUAUUUUUGAGGAAACUGUACCAACAAAAAUCAUACUUUUUAUAUGGUGAUUUGGGGUUGCCUUCUUAAAUUAAAAUCUGCAUACAAUUUUAGUUGCAGUCAUUCAAAUGCAAAAUAAAACACUGGAGUGAGAGGUUUUGAGUAAUUAUGACUUUAACUUUGUGAAUAGGUUGAAAAUUUCAGAUCCUGAAAAUUUCAGAUCCUAAAAAUUUGUAAACAGUUUGCUUUUUUUAAAGUUAAUAUGUUAGUAAACAUAGUCUAGUUCUUUGAGAAAAGGAAGGAAAAUGGAAGAUUAACAAAAAUGAUUGAGGUUCUUUAGUUUGAUAUAUUAAAAACCCUAUCUGUGGUUUUGGCUCCAUUACCUUUUACAAAGCUUCAUUCUGAGACUUACUUAUUUUGAAAGAAGACCUAUAAAUACAUUUUAAUAAUAUACCUUUAAAAGGGCUGACGGUUAUAUAUAGAAAGCAAGAAAAUGUUUUAAAGUUCAGUUAACACUGCCUGUUGACUCUAUAUUAUUAAUUGCCAUAAAGUUUAUAUAUUCUAGCCUUUCUCACUGGAAAGGCUUAUUAGUCGAUGAUUCUUCAAACGGAUUUUGUGUAAACUGGAGAUAUAAUAAUGGUUGAAAAUAUAGUUCAUAAAAAGCCACUUUUAUACUGAAAGUUUAAAAAUGUGUUUAAAUUACGACACACUUAACAGACUCCUUUCUGGUAAAUGGGGAGAGGUGCAAAAUAUUACUGGCCCUUUUGGAAAGGGAACACAGUACAGAUCGUUUUCCACAGAUAGCUGACCAGUGUGAACUCUGUAGGCCACAUUCCAGGAACUCUUAUGAAUGGCUGCAAUUGUGAACUGUCAGCUACAACCAAAAGAUUGUUGAAAACCUGAUUGUAAGGAUCCCUUAGUGGCAAAUAUCUUUGUAUCUUGUUAAUGGUUUUAUUUGUGUAGUUUGCUAAUGACUACUGGUUAAGUAUUACAAAUUGUGAAUGUUAAAGUGGUGUAUCCUGGUAUGUGCUAUAAAUACACAAAUUUUGUUUGUACAAAUAUGUAUAUAUGUGUAUAUAUAUAUCUCUCUCUCAAAUAUACACACACAUACUUGGGCAGGUUUUUUUAACUUGAUGGUUAAGUGAGAAGAUUAUGUAAAUGUAUAUUAAGAGAUAGAACUGUCACUCUUACCUUUAUUGUAAAAUCUAUAGAUACUUAUUAGAGCUCUAAAAGUCUCACUGCAUUUAGUCUUUACAAAUGAAAGCUCCUUAGUUGAAUCUGUAUUUCUUAGGAGCUUAUGUUUCUUUAUCGAUACUGAAUUGUGGAGGUAAUUUUGCCCUUCCAGCUUUACAGUUGACGUUUAAAUCACACACUACAUAUUAUCCUAUGUACUCUUACCAAGGAUUUUAUAAUCAAAGUGUGAAAUCCUGUGUAUGAAUGACAUUAUUAUUUAGUAUAAAAACUGAUAAUUGAUGGAUUCAUCAGAGUGCCAGGCUGAUUACUAAAAUAUACUUUAGUCAUGAACAUGGCUCUAAGUAAAGGAAAUUAUCAUAGAUUUCCAAAAGAUGGAUGGUCCAAAAGUGUAUCAGUAGGGAGUAUGGCGCCUUUUUUUUCUUUUUUUUAACAGUGCCAUAUAUAUUGUUCAAAAUUUUGUAUGAACUAAAUUCUAUAGGCUGAACAUUGGUAACCUUUAGUAAACAUAAGAGCUUAUAUGUGUGUGGGUAAGACACAUACUAUGUUAGUAACACUAUCUUUUCCUUGUAGGGGAAGUAGGGUAUCUUGAACUAAAUUGCUUUUAUGAGAAGUCAUUUUUUUAUAGUACUGAUACUGUGGUGUAUAUGUUUUCUACUUCCUGAGAAUAAGUGUAAUGUUAAUCUGUUCUUUGAGAAUUCUGAUAGCACUAAUUUGGAAAUAGUAAAAUGUGAUAGUGGAUUCAUGGAUCUGGUACUUGCUAAUUUGGAAUAGAGUUUAGUCCUUCUGUGCACCAGAAGAGAUUGGAAGUAGUCAUGGGCUUUAGUGUUCUAGUAACAAAGAGCACCCCCAACAAUCAGAUGGUAAAGAAACCAAAAUUAGUCUCUUUAUUGAGGAAUGAUUGUUAGGGGAGUAUAAAAAGAUCUUGACUUUUCUUACCUAAAAUAGCAGAAGUUGGGGCGGGAGGAGGUAGAGGGUGAUGGCAGGUAACCAAGACAGAAAACAUACAGUGAAAUGACAUGAAAUAUGGUUUCAGAAGGAAUAGGAAUACUUGUUAGUAGUGAAGAAAAGGCAUCUAAUUCCUUUUUUAAAUAAUUGUUUUAGACCAGUAUGUAUUUCCUUUUUGAACAGAUACUGUUUAUUUCUUAAUUGCAUUACUCUUUAAAUAUUCUUUAAGUAUGAGGAAGAGAGGGUUUAUAAAAACAGAUUUGUCUGGUUAAAUGUAGCCUGAAUGAUGAUGUUCCCUAAGUAAUUUCUUACUAAUGGGAAGAACAGAUUUCUAAUUUAAAAAACCUUAAUAGUUAACAGUAUUUAAGGGAUAUGUGUAGCAAAAUUCCUGAAUUGGAAUAAAUCUCUUAACUUAGUUCUUUAUACUAAACCAAGUGGACUUGUGAUUUGAGGCUGCUCUUUUAUAUGGUAUAAUAAAAUUAUCCACAAAGAAUGUGCAUACCUGAAUCAUUGGUAUAAUUUGGGCCUGUCCCACAGCAAUUCUUGAACAUACCAAAUGACUCAAUAUUUGUGACAUUCUUAAUCUGGCAUGGCUUAGGGCAAAAACCCCUCCGUAAAGAUUUAAGAACAGUAACCAAUUCAUAUCAUUCCUGUACAUCAUUACGUGACUUUCAUAAUAUAUUUUAAUGUAUACAUUUCAAAUUUGGCUGAUAAUGUUAAGAAUAUAUUAAUCUGCUUUUAUCUCUAAAAAGUAUAUUCAUAAUUUCUGCUUUUAAAUCAGGUGAAUUAAAUUUCAUGCAUGCUUCUCUGGAUUGCUUACCUCUCACAUUUAAAGCCCAAAAUUAGAUUUCAGUAUUUAGUUUUAUUUCUUUGUACUGAACUAACAUUUGUUAAAAAGAAUGAACUCUCAUUAAGUUAUACAUUUAUAUGUGAUGGUUAUGUGAAAAUUCUGCAGAUCACUGAGUAAUAAUUUUAAUAGUGUUUACCUAGGACAUGGACUAUUAGUGCCUUGCUAAUUGGAGUAAGCAAGACAAAUAAGUGAAGUCCGAAUGUUAAAUUACUUAAAGCCUCCUUUCCUCAUAAGCUUUCACUAAAAUUUGAUGAAGAAUAUUAAUAUAUAGAAGAGAAACUGUAAUUAAUGUGUCAAUUAUUGUAAAUAAUGCUGGUGUAUUUUAAAUGUUAUUUUUAAUGUGUUAGGCAAUCCCUCUUCAUUAUUAAACAAGAAAAUUGUUUAAUCUGUGAAUGAAAGAUACCCAAAGCAAAGUUUAAAACCAACUAGUUUCUAAAGGAGAAUUAGAAUUAAGUUUUACUAAAUAGUUUUGUAAGUUAAUCUGAAACCCGUCCCUGCUUCCUAUUUGGUCUACCUAGCUUUUGAAAACAAAACAAAAACAAAAAAGGAGAGGGAGGCUCUUGGUCAAAUAAAAUCAGUAGAGUGCUUAAUUAUGUAUUAGCAUAUUAUAUGAAUGACCAUUACAGACAGUGGAGUUGGAUAUGCCUGGGCUGAAAUCCCAACUGUGCUGCAUACUUGAGGCAUUUGACCUUCAGGUGGUUAUUUAGCCUUAUAAGCCCCUUGUUUCCCCAUAUGAAAAAUGGGGAUAAUACCUGUGUUGGAAAGUUUGAGAGGAUUAAAUGAGGUAUGCAAAUAAUUUGUAAACAGUCCAUAUAUAAUAUAGUAUGUAUGGCAAGCAUACAUUACAGAAAUGUUAGUAUUUCAUUGUCCACAAACUCUUCUCCCAGAUCACACCUUAUCAUGCUAUAAAUCAUACCAAGAGUCUUCAGUUUUGAUCUGAAAGUGUAAUUACAUGGUAUAUGGAUGUAAUAAGAGAAAGGGAGACAUUGUUAUAGGCCAGAAAAGUUAUGAUGUUGUAAAACAUAUAGCAGUUGGGUUCUAAUCCUGGCUUUUCUACCACUUAAUUUCUUUAGUUAAGUCUUUUAACUUAUCUCAGUUUUCCUCAUUUUAAUGUUAGAAUUUGAGACUUGGUCAGAUUUUUAAGGUUCCCUGUGUAUGACUCGAUACAUUUAGACAUGUUUCAUAAGAGAGCUGCCAACUUAAACCUUCCUGCCACCAGACUAUCAUGUGACAAAAAAACAAAACAAAACAAAAACGAAGCUUGCCAGAUACUCAUCAAGUAGGUUGAAUACCCAAGAAAACAUUUAAAGUGACAGUAUGUCAGUCAUUCAACUUUCUUUGUGUUCUCUGAAUAGUAAGUUCUGGAAUACAGAAAAAAGACUAUCCUACCCUCCCAAGAUCUCAGAUUAUAUGAAAAUAAUUAUCAAAUAUAUACUUUCAUAUACAUUAUAGACUGUGAUGGAGUAAAAUAAUAAGGUACUAAUUGGAACAGCUUAGGACAUAAGGUCAGUUUUGGUAUGGGGAGGAAAUGGACUGAUUUCUGUUUAAAAUUAAUUUAUUAACUGCAUAGGUAAUACGUUUAUACAGUUCUAAAUAUAUGAGUAUAAGCUGAAAGCCUCUCUGCACCUCUAUCCUCCAGCCACCCAAUUUCUGUCCUCAGCAUCAACCCAUUAUUACUUGUGCAUUCUUUUGAAGCUAACUCUUGGUCUGAAUCUUAAAAGGGGUCACCGUUAAGAGAAAGGGAUGAUUUUCUGAGUAGAGGAGAAUGGCAGUUUGUGUAACUGUGGAAGAAUGAGAUGUCAGAUUUGGGAAAUGAUGUGAUUAAUUUGACAGGAACCAGAGUGAAGGGCUUAAAUGUCAUGGUGAGAAAUUGAGAUUUUUUUUUUUUAUCAGAAGUUUCUGGUUGCUGUUAAAGGUGUUUCUUGAAGCUUUUAUUGUUAAAGUAGUGUGUAUCUUGGAACCAUUUCAGUACCCUUUUCAGUGAUUAUUGUAUUUUUAAUUAAAAUCUUGCGAUAAAGUUGUAUAAUAAGGAAAUCCUGGGGGAGCUCUGAGUCCCAGAAGUCAGAAUUCUUAUCCAAUGGAAUGUACUAAAUAGCUUGGUAUAUACCUAGCUCUAAGUUAAAUAUUCUGUUUGCCUCAAUAUUAUCUUAAUAAUGAUGAAAUAUUUGGUGUAUGUUAAGAUACUCUACUAAAAGUUGAUUUUUAUAUAGCAUGAUUUGGAAACUGUAAUCCUAUAUUAAACAACAAACCAAGCUUAAUUUUGUGAGGCUUUAUGUAUGCAUAAUUUGAGCUUUUUGGCAACUGUAAGGAAGUGUUCCUCCCCUUUUUAUGGAUUAAGGAAACUGAGGCUUUGAGGAUUUGAAUCACAUAGUUACUGAGUAACAUAAUAUAUAUUCAGACUUAGGCCUUCUGACUCCAAAGCCAGUGCUCUUGGAUAUUUCCAGAGUUAGUUUUGUUUUAUUAAUUUGCUGACUAUAAGACAGGAGGAAGGAAAAGCUACUGUAGCUACUGAUCUGUUGUGUUGUAACCCUUUACCUAAAGGAUAUUUUUAAUCAUUUUAAAUCCUUAGAUAAUAAUGUUGGAGAUGGCCCUUGUGCCUCUGCUUAUUGUGUUUCCCUGGUUUCUAUUUAGAGAUUGCUAAAAUUGAGUUUUGACAUAAGGGAAGAAAGUAUUUGCUGAGUUCAAGGCUCAUGUACCUCAUCCUUUAAGCUUCAACGAUUUUCAUAGCUUAGUUUUGAGGUGUAGUAUAUGUAUGUUUUUCCUCUCUGUUACAGUUACCCUACAAAGAUAGUAUCUUACCAAAGCAGGUCAGUGUAUGUCACAUUUGAGUCACUCUGUGAUGUACUACUUUCAUGUACUUAGAAAUUAAUAGGACGGGUUAUUUAGUAUAUAAAGUCAGGAGGAAGAGGAUAUGUUUUGUUCAUUGGUUUUGAAAAAUGUCCACAACAUGUGCCCUCCUUAAUAAAAAGAAAAAUGUCCACAAAUGGGAAAACAGCAUUUUCAUAAAAUUCAGAAUAAACCACACUUCAGUCUCCCUAAGAAGUGCUUUGUUGGCUUUAUAUUUAGAUUAGUAGUUAACAUUGACAUCAAAUACGUUAUUAGAAAACUGGUUUCAAAAUUUUAUUUCUUGGGCAGAAGAGAAUUUGUGACCAAAGUUGCAUAAAAUUCAGUACUUCUUUCUAAUAAAUUUUUAAUGAUGUCAGUUGCGACUUGGUGCCUUCAGAUUACAUAGACUAUAUAACCUUGAAAUGAUCUCAAUUAACGGUGUUUUCCUUGGGCUAUUAAUUUCCUCAAUUUUAUGCCAUUCCAAAACAGAAGUCUUUGAUGAUCAAGCCCUUCAGUAUUUACAAAUGGCUCUUUUGAAGUUCUUGAUCAGCUAGGUUUUACAGACUUCUUUAAUCUAUACCUGUUAAUCAAUGUUUUGAGGCUAAUUGUUGCUAUUUGCUAAAAAUCCCUCAAGUUUAUGGAAGACAUCCCUGCUGAAGUAUUCGAGAAACCAAAAAUGUCAUAUUUUAUAAGCCUGUCUAAAUGUUUAUCCGUGGAAUCUAGACUAUUUAAAUUUUUCCAGAGUACAUAGAUUGUAUUACUCCAUAUGGCUUCUUCAUUUUGAAUGUGUGUAGAAAGUGAUUCACUGCCAGCUUUUGCAACCUAAGUGUAUUUGUUCUGACAUAUUCUGAAGACUUUAGGUCCAUUUAUAGUAUUUUAUUUCAUAGGUUCCUUUUUUGCCCCAAGAUUCACAACUAACUGCAGAUAUGUUCUUUUUUCACUUCUACAUUUGACUUAUGAGAAACAUUUCAUUUUUAGAGUCUGUGCUAUGAAAAUGCUAGGAUCUCAUAACUUAAAGUCAUAUGAUUUCAUUUAAAACCCAAUUUAUUUGGCAUAUGAAUUUGAUUCAAAUUAAAUAUGUAUGUAUGUAUUUUUCCAAAGUCAGAGGAUCUGAAGUUUUUUUAAAGAAUGUCAUCCUUAUAAAUAUAUUGUAACUCUUUAAUGAAUUUUAAAUUCCAGACUUGCAGAAUAACCUCCAGGUUUACUCUUUGUUGUUCUCUCAUAUUUACUACUUUCCUUUUUGAGUCACUGUUUUAAAUCCAAGGUCUCCAAACCUGUGUGAAUAGCAAACUUGUCCCCAUAUGGUCCUGGGUAAG